GCCUGUUCAAAGGCUGAAGCGCCACGGCGCUGUUCUCCUCCCCUCGCAGUAGAAAACACGAAACAAUAACGAGGAGUGGAGGGACGAAGAGCGAGUGGUGGUGGUUUUAAUUAAGACUGUCAGGGCAGAAAAGAAGAGGUUUCUCCGCAGGGAAGGAAGGAAAUCGGGCGGGCUGGAGGAACGGAGGCGCUUCCCUCGGAGCAGCAGCCCCAGCGCCGAGCGGUUCAGCUGCGCCGCUGCCUGUGCUACGCACAGAGAAGUUGAGCAAACAGGAAACGUGGUGGCUGCACACACGGCAGCCGCUGCUCUGAUUCAUUGGGGCUUGAAGCUUUCCCGAAGGAGGACGGAGAGGAGGGGGAGGAGGUGCUGGCUGCUUGGCCGCCUCCAGCCCCAGGGAGGAAAGCGGUUGGCUGGCUGCGUGUCGCCUAAAAGUCUCUCGUCCGCAGAGAGCGCAGUCCCAGCUCGCCAGGGUGACACGAUUCUGGCUAGCCGCGCGCGCUCCAAGAGUUGAGGGACCAGCCCCGCUCCUCGAGAGGACCAGCCGCGCGGCUCCCCUCUGAGCGGCGCCGCAGAGAGCGCUCGCCCGCCCGCCAAGUGCCGUUGUCUGGAGUUGAUAAGGGAAGGCUGGAGCGACUUUUGUUUUUUCGUGAUUCCCGCCGGAGAGCAGAGCCCGCCUUUCUCCCCAGUGCUCGGGCUUAACAAUAUGAAGGAGCAGCACUCAUGUGUGGGCACUGGGCAUCCCCCCAUGGCUGGGUACGGCAGGAUGGACCCACUGGAGCUUGCUGUUAGCCCCGUGAAACGCUUGCGAACUGAGUACUCCUUUCCCUAUCUCUUCGCAGAGAAGUCCUACCAAAAACUGGCCAGCGAGACCCUGGAGGAGCUGGACUGGUGCCUGGACCAGCUGGAAACCUUGCAGACCAGGCACUCCGACAGCGAGAUGGCCUCGAAUAAGUUUAAAAGAAUGCUCAAUCGAGAGCUAACCCACUUAUCUGAAAUGAGCCGAUCAGGCAAUCAGGUCUCUGAAUAUAUAUCCAACACAUUUUUAGAUAAACAGCAUGAAGUGGAAAUCCCAUCCCCGACACAGAAAGAAAAAGAGAAAAAGAAACGGCCUAUGUCUCAGAUCAGUGGAGUGAAAAAGUUGAUGCAUAGCUCCAGCUUAACAAAUUCUAGCAUCCCCAAAUUUGGAGUCAAAACAGAUCAAGAAGAUAUUCUAGCCAAGGAGCUAGAAGAUGUAAACAAAUGGGGCCUCCAGGUGUUUAAAAUAGCUGAAUUAUCUGGGAACCGACCUUUGACAGUCAUCAUGUAUACAAUCUUUCAGGAACGGGAUUUGCUAAAAACGUUUAAAAUUCCACCAGACAUGUUAAUAACCUACCUGAUGACGCUGGAGGACCAUUAUCAUGCAGAUGUGGCAUAUCACAACAAUAUACAUGCUGCUGAUGUUGUACAGUCAACACAUGUGCUUUUGUCAACCCCAGCUUUGGAAGCCGUGUUCACAGACCUGGAGAUUCUAGCUGCUAUUUUUGCCAGUGCAAUACAUGAUGUUGACCACCCUGGGGUUUCAAACCAAUUUCUUAUCAACACAAACUCUGAACUUGCCUUGAUGUACAAUGAUUCAUCAGUCCUGGAAAACCAUCACCUAGCUGUAGGGUUCAAAUUAUUGCAGGAGGAGAAUUGUGACAUUUUCCAGAACUUGACAAAAAAGCAGAGGCAAUCAUUGAGGAAGAUGGUCAUUGACAUUGUGCUUGCCACAGACAUGUCUAAGCAUAUGAAUCUGUUGGCUGAUUUGAAAACAAUGGUUGAAACCAAGAAAGUGACUAGCUCUGGAGUUCUACUUCUUGAUAACUAUUCAGACAGGAUUCAGGUUCUACAAAAUAUGGUACACUGUGCAGAUUUAAGCAAUCCAACAAAGCCACUCCAGUUAUAUCGCCAGUGGACAGAUAGAAUAAUGGAAGAGUUCUUUCGUCAAGGAGAUCGAGAAAGAGAGAGGGGCAUGGAAAUAAGCCCCAUGUGUGAUAAGCACAAUGCAUCUGUAGAAAAAUCACAGGUGGGUUUUAUAGACUACAUUGUUCACCCUCUCUGGGAGACCUGGGCAGACCUUGUCCACCCAGAUGCCCAAGACAUCUUAGAUACAUUGGAGGACAAUCGUGAAUGGUACCAGAGCACAAUCCCUCAGAGUCCAUCUCCUGCACCGGAUGACCAAGAGGAGGGUAGACAAGGACAAACUGAAAAAUUCCAGUUUGAACUAACACUGGAAGAAGAUGGUGAAUCAGACACAGAGAAGGACAGUGGAAGUCAAGUGGAAGAAGAUACCAGCUGCAGUGACUCCAAGACUCUUUGCACCCAGGACUCAGAGUCCACAGAAAUUCCACUUGAUGAACAAGUGGGGGAGGAGGUAGUAGAGGAGGAGGAAGAGACGAAUCAGACAGAACCUUGUGCGCUAGAAGAACGGUCUCCUGACACGUAACAGUAUGCUUACUGCAUAGUUCUCUCUACUCUCUCUUUUUCUGUUUUUAAAAGCUGAAAAUGGUUUCCAAAGUGCAUAUCAUAUGGCACAACCAUGAUCAUGCCUCACUGUCAUCUGCCAGAGUUGUUUGUUGAUCAAAAACUUAGUUUGGUACUCAGGAUUAGUGUAACCAGAAUUGUUCAUCUCCAUGGCACCAGAGAGCAAAGGAAAACAUCUGCAAAGAACAGUUCAAUUAAGAGUUCAGCUUGGCUGAUGUGAUGAGAGACUGAUUGUACUCAAAGCUGUUUUUCAAAAGGAGUAAAGGCUGGUCCAAAGCUAAUGUGAGUGUGUGUGUGAGAUUGUAUGUGUGUUUUGUAUUAGGUUUUAAUUUCAUGAGGAGGCAAUUAAUAACAUACAACACCAGAAUCUAAAGAAAGUGACCAGCAAAUGAAUCAAGGUUUCUUGUGGAAAAUAAAUGCACUCAAACAUUGGGAUGCAACAUGAAUCUGUUACCAGGAGGAAGAUGAAGCUGUGGAAAUCACAUAAUUUUCUAAUUUCAAGUCUUCCUGACACAUGACUGAAAAAAAGUGUAGCUCAGCAGUUGCACUGAAGUCUGCAUUUUGUAUCAUAUGUAAAACAAAUCUUUUUGUAGAGUUUACUUUUAUUAUUAAAUGUGUUGAGGUAUUAUAUUUAAAAGAAUGCAACACCCCUGAAUUUCAUCUGCCAGUGGCUUUUUCUUCCUCCCUCUUCUCCUUUCCCAAAACAGAGUAACUUGCAAGUUUUCAGUACAUGUAUAUGCUACACUGGAUAAAUUGAAUUUUAUAUUUGUUUGCACUUAGAUUUUCAUAGCAAUUCCUUCAACUGUUAUAAAAUAUCCUUUUGUUUUAUAGACCAAUGAUACAUAUAUAAUGCUCUGUUAAUUCUCUCUCACCCACCUACCUACCCAGCCUCUUGUUGUAGGGAAACAUUUGUUUUCGGGCUUUUUUCUUUGUCCAAAAGCAGCAAUAUAUUAUCUGCUAUGAGCUCUUUGUCCUCACAGAUAGCUUAGUCCUGCAGAUCCAAGGUUUAUGGUUGUGGGCUAAUUCUCCUCAGCCAAAACACUUAUUUUUGAAAUCUAGUGGAACACUAGAGUAGCAGUUCCCCAACAUUUGGGUUGCAACAAUUGAGGGGUGGCAGGAAUUCUGACCAUUAGGAACAGUAGAUGCAUUGGGAUUCAGAGGGUUGAAACAAAUGACAGAUAAUAGAGUGAGCAGAUGAGAACACUCUGAAAUAUAAGUUAAACUCCAUUGGAUAGUCGUAAGUAUGAAUAAAUGGGGAUCUGGGGUUUCCAGAUCUAUGGCCAGUACAAUUGUGACUUUCCUGUUAUAAAUACAAAUGUUUUAUUUGCUAAUUGAAUAUUCCCUUUUCCAUGAGACAGUUUCUUGCAGUGAACAACAGCUUUGUAAUCAUCUCCCCCAAUGACUUGCUAGACCAACAAAUAAAUACUUAGGUUGGGGGUGUGCAGGCAGCUGUUAUACCACAGUACUUCAGAUUACAUUUGUGCGAACAGGUUAGGAAUAUGUAUAAACUGUUCCUAAUGAAUUGUUUGUUACGUCAAAAACUUUUUGAAAGGGUUUGUGCUGUGUGGGAAGUGCACUAUCCUACAAAACUGAAAGGUUGCAAGAAAAAAUAUUUCCAGCACAAAAUGUAGACUGCCAUCCAUUGUAGAAUUACAUGCCAUUAUGGCUGUUAAUUAAAAAGGGAUUUAAGUAUCUAAUUUUAAAUUUGGCUGUGGCUAUAGUAUUCAGCUAUAAUAACAUGUAGAAAAUCUAUGCACAGUAGCAGACAUUAAUGCAGAUUGGUGUCCACGUGGAUUGAAAUGGGCCAUCCUCACCUGACCUGUGCUGCCUUUCUGUUGGCCAGGCUGCAUUGGUAGGCACAUAUUCAUGCUGCUUUAUCAACAUGGUACAUUUCCUUGACCACACAGAUCCUCUAUAUGUGCAUAACACAGCUCCUCACCAUAUGCAAAAGCUUUGCAACAGGAUUAUUAUAAUCCCAGUAUUGAAACAACUUUGUUGGACUGGGUUUGAAUGAUGAGUCCUUGUUUUGUCACAAUGAAAAUAGAAAUUUGAUUGGAUCUAGCCUAAAUUAAUAAGGCUUUAUCCUCACUGUAAUCCAUGGAACUAUAUCUUCAUUUAUUUAGAAUUAAGGGUUGUUUUGUGUAUCAAGUUCUUAUGGCAAGCACUGACUAAUGAGGAUUUUUGAAAAAUGUUUUAAUGUGUUGACUCUUUCUUUAGUUCUUGAUGCCUUUUGUUAAAAAAUACCAACUAGGGAAAUGAAUGAAAGAAUUUCAUCAAAUUGCUGUUAGCAUAAAUUCAUGGCCUCUUCUUCACUACUUUGACAUUUGUACAGUCCCCAAGAGUGCCUGGAAUUUUAAUGAAAAAAAAAAGCAAUAUAAAUUCCAAAAAUCUAAAUGGACAUAGAAGGGUAUUUUUUUCUGCACUAACAGUUUAAUCUAUAAAGUGGAGUACCCUCUGCCUUGAGCCAGCAAGUUUUGAAGAAAGACUGAACUUCAAAUACAUAAAUACCUUUGGUUUUUAAUGAGAAUUCCCAAAUACUUAAUUUCAAGGAGGUAUUAAUUCUUUGCUGGAUCUUGUUAGAGUGCACACUGUAAGAUUAAACUUUCAAAGAACGUGGAGACUGUAUUGUGUAAAAAUACACCCAUACACAUGGACAAUCAAAUGAUAGAAAGCAUAAUAAUUUUAGAGCCAGGGAUUGAAUGCACUGUACAAUCUUUUCUUUUUUCUUUUUCUUUUAUUUUGCUUAAAAAUAUUAAAAGGUGACUUUACAUGUUCUCUCUGUUUCUGCCACAAGUAAAAUGCAAAGCAUUGGUACUGUUUUGAAAAGGAGGGUGGGAGAAUGGGGGAAAGGUGAGAGGAAUAUGAGUUUGCAUUUAUACUUCAGCUUGCAAGUUACUGUUCUUGGUAAUGUUGUGUCUGUUCCUUUUUGAUUUCUGAUUUCAUGUCAUUGUUUCAAAAAAUGUGAUCAGAUAAUAUAGGUAGAACAAAUCACAUUCAAAAGCUUUUUAAAAAACUUGAGAAUGAAAUGAAUUUUACAGCAUCGUUAAUUAUUUUACAAUGCUUAUUUAUUUUUUAUUUGUGCCAUGCAUAUUUUUCUCACCAAAUGACCUUACUUGUAAUAAGUCUUGUUUGUCUCUGUUUACAGCUAUGUAUUUAUUGUAAUGUAUAUAAUGUAAUGUUAAUUGUAAAUUAUAAGUUCUUAUUAUAACAUCAUCUUUGCCAGGAUGGUGUUGCUAUAUUUGGAAACUCUUGGUGAGAGAAUUAAUAUUGUGUAUACAUAUUCCCCUUGUACAUUUUUGUCCCUCAUGUAAUAUAUCCUAUAUCACCUUAGAGCUUGUUUAUGGAAGAGUUGAGAAAAAUUAUAAAAUAGAUAUAUAAAUUAAAAGCUGCAGGUCUUUGGUCCCAGGGCUGUGCCUUAACUUUAAACAAAAUUUUCUUCUGUUUUGCUGCAUUUGGAAGAAAGGUCGUAGCUGAACAUGGGCUGGGCAUAUCUCUACUACCCUUUGUUUUUUGUUUUUUAAGGGACUUCAGUUGGGUCCCAUUAAGGAAGUUCUUCUUUCCACUGGUGUUUGUCUAGGAUCCACUGAAGCUGGGGGGUUGGGGAGAAGGGGGUAAAAAAGUGUCAAAAUGGCAAGAGACUGUGCCAUUGAAAUUGCCAUCUUGACAUUUUUGACACCCCCUGUGGAUGCCCCUGCCAAACUCUGACCUCCUUGUGGAUAAAUACCCUCUGCCUAAUGGAAUACAUUCCCCUUCAAAGCAUGUAUGGAGGGAUUCUUCACCUUUCUUAAAGAAAGUAGAGGAAAAAAUUGCCACCACCACUUAAUCAACAAGAAUGGGCACUAAUCAAUGGCAGCUACUGCUCUCGAGCCCCAUUGAAACAAGAACGUUACUUUUUACCCAUGCCAAGACAAUUCAUAUAGGCAGAUUAUACCCAUUAUCUUUGAUACAGUGGCUCUCCAGAUUAGACCUGUGUUGAUAUUGCACUGUAAAACAGGACCUAUUUCCUCCAGUACUAACAUUAAGGCUUGCAGGCAGCCAAAGCUUAAUUCUGUAUAAAUGAACAUGCAGAUGAGUGCAUAAAGCAUGUCUGUAGCCUUUCUAGAUCAUUUAAACACUACCGUUUGUUUUAGGCAAAAUCAACAACGGCCUGAAGUGUGUCUUGCUGCUGUUCUUGAACAUGAAGCUUUGUAGUUCAGAUACCUCAUCUCCAUUCCAUCCACGCCCAGCCCAUCUGAUUGCUCAGCAAAAGGAGAGAUUCUUUUUCAAGAAAAACAGAGCCGCCUCCUUGACACAAACUGUAGAUUUUAGCAGCCCUGGCCCAAAGGAAUACAAUUGCUUUUGUUUUACACAAUAUAAAAGGGACGCUAUAACAACAGAAUUCCUGAACAAUAUUUUAGUUGUUUUCAGUUGGUUUUGUUUCCUUUGGGUAUGUCUUUAGAGUGGCAAAGUAUGCGAACAUUGCAAAUAAUCCAAUGGUUUCUUAGCCUCUCUUACAGCCUAUGGAAUAGUACUGUAUGUCAGAUACCUUCAUAUGAAAUUUUUAUAUGCAAUGGAAAUAAAAGCAUGGGUUGAUUCUG